AUGGACCACCAAAGCUACCUCACUCGGCGUCGGGAAGGCACUUCAGCAAUCCAAUGCGGUGGGGAAUGGGUGUGCGAUCAGAGACAUGAUCGAUCCCACCUCGGAUCAAUGUUCAAAGGCCUGGUCACCCGACGCUCAGGUUUUCCUUUGCUCUGCGAGAUUGAUGAAGCGCCUCAACAAAUCAAUCGGCGCUGCUGCUAG